AUCGCUACAAGUUUUGAAGUGGUGAAUGAGAUAAACGUGAUCUUUAUGCUCCCCAAUGAAAACUAAACAGACUUGAUGCUCUGUUAGUCUGUUUAAUGCAGAAAAUUGGAAACAACAAUUGUUUAAAGUCGUAAUCCUGGGUAUAGGAUGAAAUCAACAUACUCUCUCCUUGCGUUGAACUUUCAUGCAGGGAGAGAGAUCUUGGACAAUAGGAACACAUGGUGGUUCUUGCUUAUCUAUUUCAGAGUCUGCUGAUAUACAAUUUGCUACUUACAAAACAGAGAGUGACAGGGUACAUGAAGAAGGGUUUCCAUCUCAAAAUGCUUUUUCUGGAGAAAGAAGAAGGAGCUUGCAUGAUGGAAUUGAUUCAGAUGAGCCCACAAGAAAUGCUGAUUUGGAUGAUCAAGUUCAGGGCAGUUGUACUUUUAGCGGAAGGUUAUACUCAGAGGGAAAGAGUGAAGUUACUCCACUAUACCAAAGAGUAUUAUCUUCUCUAAUUAUGGAAGAUGAAAGUUUAGAAUAUGAAGAAAACAGUGAUGGAAGAAAUAUGUCUCUUCAGUACAAUAAAAAUAAUUCUUCUAGUACUACAGGUGCCCCUGUUGACAUUGAGACUGGAAAGAGUGAUAGGAUUGGAUUAGAAAAUGAUUCCAUGUUGGGACUUCAAGACCAGAAGCAAUAUCCUGUUAGUAGAUCAUUUUGUAAUGGUAGUGUUUCCUUUGGUAGGAUGACAAGCAUUAAAAAUGAAUUAUGUAGUGAAGAUUAUUUCAGAGGUGGUCAUGGAUGCAUUAACUCAGAAAUUGGGAUGCUUCCAGAGCUCCACAGAAACUGCAAUGGGCCAUUAUCUGUAGAAACAGAGUCUUCUGAUGUAUCUUCCUUUGAUUGCCAGUAUGAGAAAAUAUGUUUGGAAGAUAAAUUCAUAUUGGAACUGCAGAGUAUCGGCAUUUUUGUAGAACCAGUGCCUGAUCUGGCAGAUGGGGAGGAUGAAAUGGUUGAUCAAGAAAUUAUUAAACUUCAAAGGGGACUUCAGCAACAGGUUGCUAAAAAGAAUGAGAACUUGAAUAAAAUACUUAAAGCAAUGGAAGAAGUAACAAAUGUUAACGAACGGGUUGAGGAGGUUGCCAUGAACAGACUUGUAGAGCUGGCUUACAGAAAGCGACUGGCCACACGAGGAAGUACUGCCUCAAAAAGUGGAGUCACAAAAGUUUCUAAACAAGUCGCCAUGGCUUUCAUAAAGAGGACUCUUGCCCGAUGUCAUAAAUUUGAAGAAACAGGCAAAAGUUGCUUUUCUGAUCCUGCAAUUCGAGAUGUUCUCUUUGCUGUACCUGCUUGGGGAAAUGAUGCUGAAUAUGCUAGCUGCUUUGGUUCUGCAGCUGGCAUAAAUAUGCAACCAGAACGUCGUAACUCUUUAUCAGAGUCUGGACUAUCAGUUCCUGUUGCUGGUAGGGCUGCGCAACACGAUAUCUUUAAUGAUAAAGUUGGCAGGAGUUCCUUCUACACUUUUGGAACUCUUGGUCAUGCUUCUGACCAGGAGUUUGCCAAAACUGGUCCAAUAUUGAACAAAGGGAAGAAGAAGGAAGUCCUGCUUGAUGACGUUGGUGGCACUACUAAUAUGAGAAUGACGUCGUCUCUUGGUAAUACUCUUUCAGGUGGGACUAAAGGAAAGAGAAGUGAGAGAGAAAGAGAGAAAGAUUCUUCAGUUAAAAAUUCUGUUGCCAAAAGUGGCCGUGUCACACUUGUUAAUUUUAAAGGAGAGCGUAAAACCAAAUCAAAGCCCAAGCAGAAGGCAGCUCAACUAACAAGUUCAGGAAAUGGAUUUGUUAACAAGCUUACAAAAACAACUGAUUCUGUAUAUUCUUCAGCUAGUGGUUCUGGAGGUGUCGGAACCAAUAGUAGUGACAAGAAAAGAGAAGUAGGAUUUCAUGAUGACGUACGUCUUGAUUCUUCUCAAGAAUGCAAGGAACCCAUAGAAUUGCAGCUCCAGGAUUUUGAUUCCAUAGGACUAGGGGGUGAUUGGUUUAAUUUUGAUGAUGAUGGUCUGCAAGACCAUGAGGAUGGAUUACAAGAUAUUGACUUGAUGGGUCUUGAGAUACCUAUGGAUGACCUGUCAGAGUUAAAUAUGUUCUAAUGAAGACAGCAUACUGUACAUUCUCAUGGUAAUCCAACUAUUUAGGUAAGAGUGAUAGUGCUGUCGUCCAGGGGAAAAUUGCUAAUAUAAGUUAACCCCUUGGUGUUUUGGCACUUGUAAUUAUGGCCAUUCUUUCUGUAUACUUCUCUGAGGAAGUUAAUGAAUUUAAAAAGAGUCAUUGUUUAUGUAA